CCCACGAUAACACGCUAUGGCCAAGUGUGCAGUCGUGGACCUGAAAUGACAUUUUAAAAAUAUUGAAUUUUUUGUCUGUUGGACAUUUUAAACGAGUGGGUCUAAUAUGUAUGUCUUAAUAAUAACAUCUGCUGUCAUAGUUGACUUGUUAAAGUUUUAAAUAGCGGCUAAAUGAUAUACUCAAACCUGUGUGUGUUAACGGUAGAUCCCUGAACCAAGCUAGUGCUUUCUAUCGUUAUUUAGUACACGUGAAAUGGAAUUAGCUUGCUAUAACUAAUAAAUCCGAAUACGAUGGACAAUAUAUUCGAACGAAGUGAAUGAUAUUCACCUACCCAGCUUGGGGACACCGCGAAUGGUCUCCAUACGCUGUCACGGGUGUAAAUAGCUGAAAAUGAACGCCAGCACGGAAUCAACACAGAUCAUGGAUAUGUUUGAAAAAGGCAAGGUUGUGAAAAUAUGCGCUCCGAUGGUCCGUUACUCAAAGUUGGCGUUCAGAUCUCUAGUGCGAAAAUAUGACUGUGACUUAUGCUUCACUCCGAUGAUAGUUGCAGCCGACUUCAUGCGAUCUGUCAAAGCCAGAGACAGUGAAUUUACAACCAGCCAGAGGGAUCGCCCCCUGAUCAUGCAGUUUGCUGCCAGCGACGCUCAGACUCUGGCUGAUGCAGCCUGUGUGGUUUCCCCAUUCACUGAUGGGGUAGACCUGAACUGUGGCUGUCCCCAGAGGUGGGCGAUGGCUGAAGGAUAUGGUGCGUGCUUAAUUAACAAGCCUGAACUGGUCAGAGACAUGGUUCGACUGGUCAGAAACCAAGUGGACAACCCCAAUUACUCUGUGUCCAUCAAGAUAAGAAUCCACAAGGAUCUGAGGCGCACAGUGGACCUGUGUCAGAAAGCAGAAGCUGCCGGCGUCUCCUGGGUUACCGUACAUGGCCGUACAGCAGAGGAGCGUCAUCAACCGGUCCACUAUGACGCAAUACGGACCAUCAAGGACAGCCUCUCUGUCCCGGUCAUCGCCAACGGCGACAUCAAGAACCUCAGAGAUGUGGAGUCUACCCAUGAGCUGACAGGAGUCGAUGGUAUGCACUAGCUCUGUGUUAACACACAAAGAAGGAUGACUCUCCAGUGGACGGUAGUGGCACUCUUCCUCUAUGUGGAGAUUGGUAUCAUCCUAAUCCUCUGUUUGCCCUUCAUAGGAGCUCAGAGGUGGCAGAAAGUUUUCAAGUUCAGUAUAUGGGAUAGUGUUGCACCAUACUGGAACAAAGGCUUUUUCACAAUGAUAAUAAUUCUCAUUGUUCUUUUCCUUGAUGCCGUGCGGGAAGUUCGGAAGUACUCGGGGGCGGAAGCGAACAAAGAGGACAAGCUGCACCCCAACAUGUUCGACCACCUGCACAUGAAGCUGUUCCGAGCCCAGAGGAACCUCUACAUCUCCGGCUUCUCCCUCUUCCUCUGGCUUGUCAUGAGGCGCGUCGUAACCCUGAUAAACCAGCUGGCCGCCUCCAUUGGCACGGGGGCGGCCCUGCAGACUCAAGCUGAGAACGCCAACCACGCGGCCAAGAAGUACAUGGAGGAUAACGAGCGCCUAAAACAGGCCCUGGAAGUGGAGAAGGUGGACAGGAAGAGUGCUGAAGGGAAGGAGGCUCUCCAGAAGGAGGUGCAGAAGCUGAAGCAGGAGCUGGAGGGUGCAGGGAAUGCGCUGAAGAAGUCUCGUGCUGAGGCUGAGGCUAUGAGGAGACAGGCACAGGGCCUAACUCUGGAGUACGACCGUCUUCUGAAGGAGCACCUGCAACUACAGGAACUCCAGCAAGGAUCUGGAGACAAGAAGGAUCAAUAAGGCAGGACGUGUUCUGCUGCUAGUUUACUGACUCCUGUGCACAAUGUAAGAGAACCACGCUGUCUUUCACUCUCUAAGCCCUACAGCACCUUUCUCUCUGUAUACUGAGGCAACAGUAAGGACAGCCCCCCUUUAGAGUCCGUCAAAAUGGACAAAAUGAUACACAGGCACAUCUUUUCUGGAAGAAACUGGACAGGAAGAAAGAAUCUCGUGUCAAGAUAGUUGGAUAUUUUAGUUGAACUUUAAAAAUGGCGGAAAGAAUUUGCAGCUCUUGACCCUCCGCUGAGAGGGGUACAGAUUGGAAAGCUGUAGGGUCUGCCAUUGGCAAAUUUACUUGCUUAUGCACUGCAACCGAUUUGUAAGAAUACAAUCCAUCCUAGAAAAUUUUGUUCUUACAAGAGGUAUAUUCAAGGAAACUGCAUUCAAAUGAAUGGAACAGAGAGUGAAGGUGUGUAAAAAUGGGUUUAUAAAAUACUGUACGGUUCAAACUAUCUCACAUAAUAAUAAUAAUAAUAAUAAUAAUAAUAAUCUUAGGAAUGAGAAUUUCUAGCAAGGAACCGCAGUGCAGUGCUGGAUAUGAACUUUGCUAAAUGUAUCAGCCACAUGGUGGCAUUGUCUACUCAGCUGAAGCACUCAGUUAAUGCAUUUUAUCUGAGAAAAAUUAUAGUUAUGUUCCUGGAUUUCCGACUUAUUAGAAUUAUGGUCAAAAUGAACAAACCAUUUCACUCACAUCAUGUGAUUUGGCAGCAAUCACAUAACAACGUUAUUUUUAGAUAACCUGUUCAAUGUUAAAUACAGCUCCUUCACAUUUUUUAGUUGCACUCAAACUGGCCUGGGCAGUUAGUUUUCUUUUUCCGUCUCCCUUGUUUUGAAUGAUUUUGUCCCUGUCUUUGAAAGGUUCCGACAGGCAAUGUUUUUCAUUGGCAGGAAGAACCUUUCUUUCAGUUGUCUUGUUGAAGAAUAGGCACUUAACGUGAUCUUGUUUACUUAAACAUUUUAUGUGAAGUUGAAAAAGGUAUUAGGUAGACUAGGCACGAGAAUACAAAGAUUUCAAAUGGAAAUGCAGCUUUUUGUAGCUCAUUUAUAGUCCUGAUAAGAAAAGGAAAAUAAAUUAAGAGUGGAAUCAAAAGAUUCUUCAUUCUGUGAAUGCUUAAUGCUGAAAACUAUUCUUGAACGCUUUUGAAUAGUAAUGAUUCCGUCUUACGGAUUUUUAUUACUACAUCCACUUUCUAUUCUUACAGCCAAGUGGGGUCCACUGUACUGUUCAGAUUUGUGCGACUUGUGUUUCUGGAUUUAUGAACAGCUGCAAAUGUAGCAUUCUUUUACUGUCAGGGCUGUAUUGGCAAUGAGGGUUUGACAAUUACCUGUGGUUACUGUCCUUACAAUAUACAAGAGCGCGAGUGAAUGUACAAUUCAGCUGAAGAACACUGGCAGGCUUGACCUAUUGAAAAUGUACUGUAGUAACUGCAUGCUGUGUGGAUUCUUUUUUGUGAUUGUUUAAAUGUUUAACUUGUAAGUGACAGAGUAGUGCAUAGUGAAAUGAUGCUGUUGAUUUCUGCAUAAUGGGGACGUACAUGAAGUUAUGUUUUCCCUCAUUGUUUUUGUAUGAUUUUUUAAAAGAGUUGUGGAAUUGUGAAAUUCAGAAAAUCAAUUCUUAAGCCACUAAUUUCCUCUUGUAAUUUAAUAGCCUUGGUCACUGGUUCCCAUCUUCUGUCAUCUUGUGUUUUUGUAUGGAGUGUCCCGCUGCAUGUUUUUACUUAAGAAACUGGGGAACUGCACACCAGAAAAAAGACAGCAUGGUGUAGUUUUACAACAAUUUUAUUUUCUUUCUUUUUUUUAAUAAAAGGAACUUGAAGAAUGUAAAAGCAAACCGCUCAGAAAAAUGAAGGCUUGUGUACCA